AUAAAUCACCUUCCUUGACACAGCUGCAGCAUGUGCUGCUUAACCAGCGAUGUCCAACACGCUCAGUACGAGCCAGUCGACUACUAGCUGACACUAACUCACCGCAGUCAGCAUAGAAACACAGAAUGGAGCAUUUCAACAGAUUCACGGCUCCUGCUGCAGAUAAACUUAGGCAGCUCCAAAAAAUCGUUGAAGACAUAAAAAAGAACGACGACAGCUUUUUCAACCGACUAAAAAGGUUUCAGAGCGAACAAACAGCUUAUAUUCUCAAAACUGGGAGAAAUACGCUGGACCGAAUAAAGAAGAAAAGACCUCCGAAAGUACCAGUGCGAGACUAUAAAGACGAAGCUCCGGAUUCUGAGAAAGACUUUGAUUCAGAUUUUGACAGCGAUACGUACGAGGACCCUCAGGAGGAUCAUGACGACAACUACGAACCUCCGCCGAGGCUUGAAGGACACUUUAUGGUCAAACCGUCCAUCACCAACCUCAGAGGAGAGUAUGUGGACAGCUGCCGUGGUCGACCGGAAAAACCAAACCAUCCUUUCCAUAUGCAACAGAGGCACAAACCCCCACGACCGACCCACCGCAGCCUGAGAGAGGAAGAUGAUGACGAUUACCUUGAGCCGGAGGACGAGGCAGAUUAUAAUAAUUACAUUGACACCACUAAGAAAACACUAACAAAGCCGCCGAUCAACAGAGCAGUCAAACCGUGUAUUCCUGCUCGUGUGAACGCCCGGGAUUUAUUUGAGGUUCCUGAUAUGAAGAUUCUGAUCAGCAGGAGUAACUGGACUCUACAACCCAACACACAUAUGGCGCCACCUAAAGACAGUCCACGAAUGAACAUCAGAAGGCCAACAACUCCAGAUCCACAGUCAGAGGACGAGUAUGAGUUGUGUGACGCAGACGAAAGUGUCAAUGAAGAGACCACAGAGACCCGGAGACCACUGCCCACACCGCGAUCUAGAGACCUGAAGAAACCUAAUCCUGCUUUGACACCUAAACCAAACAUUGCUCACAGAGACAGUGGAGCCACAUCUAAUAAAACAACACCAGUAACUAUAUCACGAAGCCCACCGGACACCAUGCCGAACCCAUCGGCAACAGGGUUCCAUCGAGCCAAAUAUAUGCCUCAACAGCUUCCCUCCCAAAGCAGAGGGACGUUGCCUUCAGACAGCAGAUCAGCUAGAGAUGCUGAAGAGGAAGCUGGUGUGUAUAAAAAGGAUUGGUAUGCCAGCAACUGUGACCGCAAGACAGCAGAGGACGCUCUCAUACGCUCAGAUAAGGACGGCUCUUUUCUGCUCAGGAAGAGCUCUGGUGUGGACGCGCAGCAGCCGUACACACUGGUGGUGUUUUACAACAGCCGAGUUUACAACAUCCCUGUCCGCUACAUCACUUCCACCAAACAGUAUGCUUUGGGGAAAGAAAAACAAGGAGAGGAGCGUUUCAGCAGCGUCUCAGACAUCAUUGAGAACCACCAGAAGAAUCCUCUAGUGCUGGUCGACUCACAGAGCAACACCAAAGACUCCACCAAACUCAGACACGCAGUCAAUCCUUGAGGCAUUGAUGACAAAUACAACUGCACUGAGAGGGUGCUGACAUUCAUUCAAAUGUGCGGCAGUUUCACAUCUUACCUUGAGCGAUGAUGGGAACGGAUCUAAAGCUGGGACUUGCUGCUACUUUUAUAACUUAUUUUGCUGACUGUCAGGUUAAGGGUCGUUCGCACAGGACUCGUUCUUGCGUUUGAAAACAGCAGCGAGACGAAAUGAAGAAAAGUCUUUAAAAUACAUCGCAGGAGAACGUGUUUUGUGCGUCCGUCCCGAAAAACAGAGAGAACAGCAAUAUGGUACAGCUGUACAGUUUAUAUAUAUUUUUGGGUGUAUGAAUCAUUGUAUUUAAACAUUUGCUUUACCUUACAUAAGAUGUGUUGAGUAAAUAAUAAUAAUAAUAAAAAAUACUUUUUUAUUAUUAAAACGGUUGUUUUUUGUAUGUUAGGUAAAAUUAUAAUGAUUAGCAUUGUACAAUACUAAAUAUGUGCAUAAGGGGAAUAUUAUCAUGUGGGUAUUGUGCAUAGGCCUAUAUACAGUGGUGGCUAAUAAAUAAAAACAUUUAUUUUUCCAUUUACUGUAGCUUAUAAUCCAGUGAGAUUUUUGUUUCCACACAGAGAUGUGAUCUGAUCAUUUAAAUCAUUCAAAGAUUUAUUAUAUGAACUUUCUUAUUAUGUGACUGUGCUAGUCUUUACGGAUCUGUGAGAGAAUAAAGGGUGUGACUAUAAUAUUAUAUUGUUUUGUUAAUCCUGUGUAUAAGCGUGAAUGACCGUUAAUGUGUGUAUAGUAAAAAGUCAUAAAUAAUAAAUGAAUUAUUAUUUUUUCCCACA